AUUACCCGCCACUCGCCGGCUCUAUAUAUAUAGGAGAUUCGCGCUGGUUCUUCCGUCGCUUAAACGACGCUGCUUUGAGAAUCUGUCGGGUCAAAUGAUUGGUCUUAGAAUUUAAGGGCCCAGUAAUAAGUCUCAGCCCACGAGGCCCAUUAAGGGCCCGGUUAUCCACGACCCGGCACCCGCCCCACACAAGACGCAAAAUACUUCCAUUCCUCCCUUCCGAUACCGGCCAUCCGUUUUCCCGGCCGGCCGUACAGUUUUCCGUUAUUGCAUCGGUUCAUUUUUUCCCCCCUCCCAUCUGUUCCCGAGCAAAAUAGAAACGCCGCCGCCGCCGCCGCCACGGCUUGCGGGAAUGUGGAGAACGCUGCGGAUUUCUUGAUACCUGCGCCGCUUCCCUCGUGGACCGACUUCUUCCCGGCUACUGCCGAAGCGAUUUCAAUUUAUCUUUCGUCGCGCCGGCGAACGCCAAUACUCAUUUUUUGGUGUUCUUCUGGGGGAAAUUUGUCUGGAUUGUGGAUGUAUUGACGAUGGAGGAGGAGUAAGGAUGAUUCAGGUUCAAUGAUAUGACCACCUGGUGACUGAUUUACAACAAAGAAAUGUUUGCAUUGACAAUAUAUAUUCAAGGGGAGACUGCUGCUGUCACAUUAAUUGUGUGUGCCGUUGAAAAAGCGUUACGUUUACCUCUCGCUGAUUCGGCUUUAAGAUUGAAAAUUUUGCCUAUAUAUAAGCUUCCGGAGCCUUCGAGGCAGUGAGCAGCUUCCCCAGCAAUAUUGUGAGGUCCAAGGGAAAAUCCAGCCCUGUUGUGAUCUUUAAAGAGAACAGUAGUGCAUCGCAAACUUCAAGAUGAACCCGCAGAAUAAUCAAGGCUCUAGCUCUUCAACACCAGUAGACCCACCUCUGAAGCGCAGGCGUGGUCGCCCACGCAAAGACGAGGCCCAGCCCCAGGCAGAAACCAUGUCAUCUCUGCCUAGGGGGUUCGACCAUACAAGAAUAAACAACCCGCCUUUCGGUCUGAGCAACCCUAGUGGUAAUAGCGGGCUGGUGGCUGAUCAGGCACCAGCAGGCAUCAACAUGAUCGGCCAACCAUUUUCCGGCAUCAUUGAUGCCCAAUUUGAUGGCGGGUAUCUUCUCAAAGUCAAAAUAGGUGACAAUGACACUUACUUGAGAGGAGUUGCAUUUAUCCCGGACCGAGUCGUUCCUGUCACUGCCUCUAACGACUUGGCGCCACAGGCAAGAAUGUACACAAGGACUGAGGUCCAAAUCCCGCCUCCGCCACCAGCUCCACUCCAGCCUCAAGUCCAGGGCUCUAUUCCAUCGUCGUCAGACCGAAGUGUAAAGCAAUCUGCUUAUCCAUCCAAGGCUGGUGUUCAGCAACUCGGUUCAGUUACGCUACCUCUCACUGAUAAAUUCCUAGCAGCAAGUAAUGUGGGACCUUCUGCAGGAGGGAAAAUGAUAUCACAGCAAGUUUCAGAUUCUGGAGCUGCUUCCAUUUCAAUACAGUCAGUAAGUGGCAUGGUUUCCAAACAGGAUGAGUUACUGCGAGAGUUUGAUGCCUCGACAAGGAAGGUUACCGAUGAAAAAAGACCAGGUGGUCCCCCUGCAGCAGCUACCACCUUUGGUGUUUUGCCAGCCAGUGGAACUGUCAAUCUCGAGCUUCAAAUACAGCACCAAGCCGAUGGGCUUAAAGCCAGUCAGUCAGCACCUUCCUCAGCCACGGAUGGAGGGAAAAUCGCAAACCUGGAGCUCACCCAGCCUUCUCCUGUGAUCAGCGAACCGGGAAGGGGUAUCGUCUCUUCUCAAUCCAUGAGCAUGUGCUUGGGCAACCCAACUUCUCCAGGGAAAGCUGCACCACCAGAGUUCCCUUCUGCUGGCACGAAGGUUACUAUCACUGACACUCCAUCCCUCCACCUAAAUGGUGGUGGCAUUACUCAAAUCCCCAAAGUAGAUGCUAUGGCCAAGCCAGAUUCUGAGGGAUCCUCUGCUGCUGUUCAGAAAAUACUGGAACCCCAGUUCGUCUGUUCAUCUGGUGCUCAGAUAGAGCUGUUCGACAAAGAGACUGCUGUUGCUGCCCCGACUGCACCGAAGCUUGGAAAUGAUGGUAGCGUUCUUCCUAGAGUGAGUGAGCAUGAGUUCUGCAGUGCUACCCCCAGUGCAAGUGUCGACUGCAACAACAUCAAAGAUGCUGCUAUUCCGCCAACCGAAUCUUGAGAUAGAAGGGUCAUGAAAUGAGUUUGUGGAGCUUAGGAUAAGGGGAACUAUGAAUAAGUAAAGCUCAAUGCUUUCAUACAUGCUGUAGUUUAGGCUUACCAUUAGAAAUCUGAAAAACCUCAGCUUAGUUUUUUUCUUUUGUGAAACCUCAGCUUAGUAAUUGUGUCAAAAUUGUCAGAUGUUUCUUUGCCUUCUUAACCAAGGUUUUCAUAUAUGCGAGUAGAGUUUUACAUUUCCAUUCAAAUCUCAAUUUUCUAGUCCAAA